CACUCUGUUAGGCUUCAACCUCUUUGCGGUGGCAGUGCAUGAGUUUGGCCACGCCCUGGGCCUGCCUCACGCCAUGGACCCCGGGGCGGUGAUGUACCCGACGUACAGCUUCCUGCCGGACCUACGGCUGGCCCACCAUGAUGUCCAGGCGGCCCAGCGCAUGUACGGCAUCAAUCCGAAGUAUGCUUCCCUCUUCUACAAGAGGCCCCCUCCUCGGACACCUGACAAGUGUGACCCAAAUUUGUCGUUUGAUGCGGUCACAGAACUCCAGCAGGAGAUCGUGUUUUUCAAAGACAGAUUCAUGUGGCGUAAGUAUCCGACAUCUGAUGAGAUCGGGAUCAGUCUGAUCCGUGGCUUGUGGCCCGAUGCUGUACCACAUAACAUGGACGCCGCCUAUGAGAAUGUGGAGAUGAACCAACUCUUGUUUUUUAAAGGUACGACGAGCAGCAGAAGACAAUGGAGGAGGGGUCCCCAGCGCCAAUAGACCAGCAAUGGCCGGGCGUUCCCUCUCACCUCGAUGCAGCUAUUUUUUAUAAGGGUUUCGUAUACUUCUUCAAAGGAGGUUUCCAGUACAAGUACGACCCUGAGGUGAAAUAUGUCAUCUCCAGAAGGCCGGCUGGUCAUAUGCUGGGAUGCAGGGGGGUCCCUGAGUGACACACUGAUG